CACCCUGUCACAUAGUGACAUGAGCUUAAAAUAUUCGUCCGAGGUAUUUUUGGACGGCUGCUAAUUUUAAAAAACAAAUAAAUAAAUAAAAAAAACGAUUAUGAACCUAUUGUUCUGCGACACACCGGAUGUUUGGUAUUCAGGACUUCGCUUCGCUUUCCUGUUUGAUGGUGUCUCACUUGACAUGUAUAAGACUCCAUGAUAGGCAGUUCUUAAAGAACUGCUUUGACACCUGUUUUUCGGCCUGGUGUUUCGGGCCCUAAAUGGUAUUUGUCUUGUGGUUCUGCUUCCUUCAUAGUCAUUGAGUAUACUAGUAUUUGGUUCCUUACUAGGUUUUCAUUUAUAUAUUAUUACAUGAGUUACCACACAUAUGUUAGUGAUUCAUCUGACAAUGAUGACAUUUAUUUACAGUCAUGUAACCAAAUAAUAUAGUGGCGAUAAAGAGUGUUGGUAUGCGCACCACUAACCGGUGUAGUCCCCAAAAAUUGUGUUUAUCCGGCGGUUCCUCACUGUGUUCCUUAAUGUGGUUGUACUGUUGUAUGCUUUACUUUGUAUAUUUUUAUGCUUGUAUGUAUAUCGUUAACACAAACUUACGCUGUUGUAAGACUACGUUUUGUUAGCAAACAGCAUGGAUCCUCACCAGACUGCGCUGGUGCGCAGGCUUGCCUGGAUCCAUGCUGGCCGCAAAAGCACUAUGUUGUUUUUCUCAUGGUGCGGCUCAGUUACACAAUGCAUAAACUUGGCUAGAAGUAUUUACAUUAAAUGUUUUAGGAUACUUAACAUGUACUUAAUAUGUACAUGUCAUUAGCCAUUGAAUAUAUUUAUGGAGUUUUCAAUGCUUUGUAAAGAGGUUUUAUAAAAAAAACUAACAUACCAUUGAGUUAUCUUAUUGGCAAUAUACUGAUCGUAAAGGUUUAAUAAAUCUUAUAAGGAUGAUAUGUUAAUCGGAAAAGGAAGUAAAUUAGAUAGUUCACUAUAAUUUCAUUUUAAAAGAAGCAAAGAUUAGAACGAUUUAAGCAAGGAUAAACUCUCUAAUUACAGGGCACCUUACAAAACCGAAUCACCAGCUGAACAAUGGCGUAUUCUAUGUUAGUAGGACCAUUAAAAAGAGCAAACGAUUCACUGAGCAGAAGCUUGGGACUAUUUGACACUAGCAGAGGCUUUCAUUAUAGAGAAAGAAACUACUCUAAUCCAGGUCAACGUGAAUUUCAACGACUCCAAAUUGAGUGCCAUCAGCUUAAACAACACAUGGUGCGACAGUCACAAAUUUAUGCUGAUCGUGUAAAUUGUUUAGAAGAAGUAAGUAAUGAAGUCAUCAGGUUACAACAAUAUCAAAUUUACCGUUUGUCGAAAAAAAUAGAGCGUCGUGAUCUGGAAAUAGAUGAAUUGUUAGAAAUGUUACAAAAUGAGGAAUGGAAACAGCUAAACAUAUGUGACAAAAAUGUACUGGCAGUAAAUAAUGUUAUGGUUGAAACUGAUGAACAAAUAUGUGAUUUAAGAAAUCAGCUGCAAACAGCAUUAAACGAUAACCACGAGAAAGAGGUUAAAAUGAAGGACAGCACAGCUUUACUUAAGACGAAAAUUGCCCAACUUGAGACAGAGGUUGGACUCAAGGACCUAAAAACUAAAAAUCUAGAGAAAUUACUUGAAAGUACAAAGACAGAAAUAGAUAGUAAAAAUGAAGAGCUGGCUAAACAGGAUAAACAAUUAGCUGAACAAAAACAUCAACUGCAGCAGAUGUUUAGCAAGCUACAUGCAACAGAGGAUACCACAAUGGGCGUAACUAUCACAUCCCUUGAGACGAAAAAAAAGUACAUUGAAGAAGAAAUAGAAAAAGAUCAAGAUAAGCUGUUGGCCAAUGAAAAGACUGAAAUAAUUCAAAUGAACAGGCGGCUUCAAGGAACAUUUGCUAGUAAUGGAUCUGACGCUGACGGAACUAUUGCUUUGUUAAAAAAGAAAAUCGAGCAUCUUGAAGAAGAGGCUGGUGAUCAUGAGUUACAGAUUAAAAAACUAGAGGAAUUGUUAGCGUCAGAAAGGUUGGCCAUAAGUGACAAAUAUGAAGUAGUAAGACAAGAAAUGAAAGAAAAAGACGACCACUUACAGGAAAUGAGAGUCGAACUCCAACAGACCUUUAAACUGAUGCAUGAAAAAGAAUCUGAAUUAGAUGGAAUUAUUACUUCAUUACGGAAAGAUGUCACGAAUCUUGAAAAAGAGGUUACGCAACGUGAUCUAAAAGUCAAAGAUCUAGAGGUAAAAAGGAGUAAAGAUAUGCACAAAAGUGACAAAAAUGAACAAUUAACUAACAAAUUGUUGAAAGAAAAGGAUGAUCUGUUAUCUGCCCAGAGAAAUCAACUGCUACAUAUUACAAAAACGUUUGAAGGAAAAGAAGCUGAAAUGAAUGAAACCAUCACUUCACUCAAAAAGAAAAUUCAAAAUCUUGAGGCUGAAUCCGCCAACGGCCGUGAAGUAGAAUUAAAAGGAAUGACGAAGACAUUGGGUCAUAAGAAUAUUGAAAGCGUUAACAGAAAACAACAGGAGAAAGAGAUGCUAGUACUGAAGGUCAAAUUGCAAAAUACUUUGACAAAAUUGAAAGACACAGAGACUGAGCUUGAUGAAACUAGAACUAGACUUAGUAAAGCUAUGGGAGACAGGUUGACGGAUAACAACCCAAAUAUAGCCGACCUCAGCGACAGAAAUCGCCCGACAAAACUCGCUGAAAGAUAUGCUGAGUUGUAUGAUAACCAGUGGACAGACGCAUUUGACAUUCUUGUCACCUACUUUCACAGAGAGGGAAAUGCAGUAGAAGCUCUGCUAAAGAUUCUGCAGGAUGUUAUGCGUUUCUGCCAAAUGAAGGGACAAAAACAAAUGGAGAGUUUAGAGCAUGUGCUGGAAUUUUCAGACAAGCAUGACCGCAGAGACUUAUCAGCAGAUAUGCGCAAUAUCUUAAAGGUUGGCCGCAAAGCAAUGGCAUCUGUUGCUGUAGGAAACUUAUUUCAAAUGUACGUGUCACAUCUGAAAGGUUCAACUGAUAAAGCAUCAAGGAUAGCUUUAAACGUUAGCUCAUUUACACAAGAAUGUCUUGAAAUCUGCUGGCUUAUGACGAUCCAGGAUCCAUCUGUUGUAUUUGCUCCGUUACUUAGACGAGGUACACGAUUUAACACUGACCUGUUCAAGCCAUACACAAGUAGUGGUACACACGUCGACUACGUGGUCUGGCCUGCUCUACUUUUGCACGAAGGAGGGCCGGUUUUGGCAAAAGGCGUGGCUCAAGGGUACAACAAAAAAGAAAACAAAAGCCAUAACAACAAGUAAUACAACGACAACAGUUGAUAGAGAAGAUAGAUGUAGAGUUCCGUAUAGAACUGCUAAAUGCCAGUCGCACACCUUGUCUGUUGAUAAGUGUUAGGCCUACUCCUAAAGUGACUCAUUCAUGUUUUCAAGUUUUCUCAAAAAAAUUUAGCUCGACUAUACGAAGUAUAAGGAUAGCUAUCCUACUCGCCACGGCGUCGGCGUCGGCGUCUUUCCGCGUCAUCACCUUGGUUAAAGUUUUCGUGCACUUUCUCUUUUUUCAACUUAUCUCUGUAAUUACUUGAUGGAUUUGAUUCAAACUUGAAAUACUUAUUUCUCAUCAUCAUCCACAUCAUCUGACAUAAGAACCAGAACUCUGGCACCAAUAUUUCAUGAAUUAUCCCCCCUUUUCACUUAGAUUUUCAGGUUAAAGUUUUGAUGCACUUUCACUCUAUUUUUGUUAUUACUGAAUGGAUUUGAUUCAAACUUAAAAUAAUUGUUCAACAUCAUCACCACAUCAUAUGACACAAGGUGCAUAACUCUGGCACCAUUUUUGCAUGAAUUAUUCCCCCUUUUUACUUAGAGUUUCAGGUUAAAGUUUUGGUGCACUUUCACUCUACCUCUUUUAUUACUGAAUGGAUUUGAUUCAAACUUAAAAUAGUUGUUUAGCAUCAUCACCCACAUCAUAUGACACAAGAUGCAUAACUCUGGCAAAUUUUUCAUGAAUUAUUCCCCUUUUUACUUAGAAUUUCAGGUUAAAGUUUUAUGCACUUUCACUCUAUCUCUGUUAUAACUGAAUGGAUCUGAUUCAAACUUAAACAAUCGUUCAACAUCAUUACCCUUAUCAUAUGACACAAGGUGCAUAACUCUGGGACCAAUUUUUCAUGAAUUAUUUCCCCUUUUUAAUUAGAAAUUUAGGUUAAAGUUUUGAUGCACUUUCACUCUGUCUCUGUUAUUACUGAAUGGAUUUGAUUCAAACUUAAAAUAGUUGUUCAACAUCAUCACCCACACUAUAUGACACAAGCUGCAUAACUCUGGCACCAAUAUUUAAUGAAUUAUGCCCAGUUUCACUAUCCAGCAUCGAAAUAGUCGAGCGCGCUGUCUCCUGUGACAGCUCUUGUUAGAACUUGUGAUUUGUAAAUGUCGCUCUUUAUAUAAAUCGUUUGAAAUAUGUUCCUUACCCAGGAAAAGUGCAACAGGAUAAAUUGGAAUUCUAUAAAGCUAACAUUUAAAGUUUGUGCGAACUGUAUUUUUCAGAUUUACUCUGAUUUGUCCAUAAUAUCUUUCGCGAAAUGUUGAUUGACGACUUUGCGCUGACAUGCAUUUGCCCACACCGUCUGUAUUAUGAUACGAGCUUGCAAAUAUCUUGCAAAAACUGUAAAUAGUAUUACGGCGUGUAUCAUAUAGUUAAUAAGUAACACUUUAUUAGCAAUCAUUUUGAAAGUUUACUACAUAACACUCUCUAAAAUCAUUUAUUUUCUUUACUGCUUUCUUUAAUGUGACCCACAAAGGGAACAAAAAGAUAUUAUUAUAAUUAGUUUAUACAGAUAUACUUUAUGUCGAUUCUGAAGCAAGUUCUAACACUUAUAUCAACCACUCUCGACAGUUCAUUCCUGAUGGAAUCCGACGCCAUGAGGGUAUGAGAAAAUAGAAGCCAAUCUUUCUUAAUGCUGUGCGCCAAACAAAGGAGCUGCUGCUACCAAUUUUCACCUCUUUGGUAUCACGCGGCCGUGGAUCAAACUCACAACCUCCCGCUCUCGGACGCUUUACCAGUAGGCUAUUGAGGCGGUUAAUGAUAAUUACAAUCAGAAUUGAAAAACAUCAUUCAUUAAGAUUCAUGUAUACUUCGCAUGCAUUAGUUCUGAGUCACAAUUACUUUCAAAGAAGAAACCAGGACAUAACAAAGCAUAUAAACUUCACUAUGUGAUGAAAGAGAGUGCUGUAGUUACAUACUCUUCACAUGCUUAAAUGUAAUACCUCAUAUUUACAGGUCAAAGUGGCACUUGAUUCAAUAAAUGAAUGUUUAUGUUGUAAUUCCUCUGACCAGGACAAUGAUACCUCUUCCGAAAUCCACAUAAUUAUUAUAGGGAUACAUUUGGAAGCUAACUUGUCGACCAACUCCCUCAAAUGUAGUUUCAAUCCCCCGUACGUCUUAUGGUAGUCACACAUUAGGUUAUAACAUUGCUAAUGGUUUAUCCCGAAGUAGGUAAUAGACCUUUUCGGCGUAAAUGUAUAUUUAUGCGAUUGUUAACACGUAUUAUGUACUUUGGUCAAAAGUAAGGGGUUUUCUCAAACAUAUUUUAGAUAAUAUACUACUAUGCCAAGUAUCAUAGUCAUGACACACCCGAGUUUUUUUUGUUUUGUUUUUUUUUUUUGUUUUUUGUUGUUUUUUUUUUUUUUUUUUUUGUUUUGUUUUUUUUUUUUGUUCGGUUUAACGUCUCACCGUGCAUUAUUUCAUUAAGGGCGGGAACCUUGGUAGAACCACCGACCAUCUGUAAGCCAGCUGGGUGGUUUUUACACAUGAAGAAUUCAACGCCCCGAGUGAGGCUCUAAUCCACAUCGAUGAGGGGCAAGUGAUUUAAGUCAGCGGCCUUAACCACUCGACCACGGAGGCCCUACACCUGAGUUUGACGACCCGAAAAAUGUUCUUGAAUAGUGAAAGAUUCUAAACCUAUAAUAUAUUUUGUCACAACCAUAUUUCUAGAUGACUUAUCAAUAUCUAUAUGUAUAUUAAAUAACUAUGGCCAUUAGAAGAUUAGGGGCGGAGUUGCAGAAAAGUAAAUGAAUACUUAAGUGUAUUCCGGUUCCAACAUUAAACUUAUAUAUACUAGGCUGGUCUCAGAUAUAGAGAAAAUUAACUUCAUGACAUAUAUUCUAAACUCUUAUAAGACGUUUUGCUCGCUUUGCACUCAGCAGAUAUUGUAGUAUAUGUCUUCCAGCCAAGGUUAGACUGCAUUAAAAUGUAAUAAUCUGGCCUCAAUUACAGUAUGCCCUAGGAGCUUAAACACAACAAAACAAACAAAUAACUACAACUAUUCUAUUCUGUUCCAUAUCCUACACAAGGAAGUCAGUAUUGUUGUAUUUUGCUUUAAUUUAAGCAAGGAUUUUCUAGAAACUGCAAUCACAUGUGUUACUUCUCGUGCAAUAAUUAUGUUGACUAUUAAAACUGUACACAUGUAUUGGCAUGUCAAACUUUUAUCUUUAUGCCAUUAAUAAAGUAUUUUGUCUUUAUUAUGCACAACAUCUUCUUUUACUGUUCUCAUUCAAUUCAAACACAAUUUAAUAUGAAUCUUUAAUAUCAGGUAGGCAUGCCGCCUUUCUCUUAACAACGAAUAAUGAAAGCAAUUUUCGGUUACUAUGCACUCAAAUGUAUUAAAUUAACAACAAUGCCACGUAAGUAUUUGAAGUUGAUUCUUUAGAAAUAAGGAAAUCGGACUAAUAAAAAAUAGUUCUUUU